AUGGCAUUAUGGGGAGCGGAGGUGAAGGCCGGGGAGGACUACGUUCACAAAUUCUCCCUAUCCCACCGCCGCCUCCGGAUCACCCAGGCGACACUAGGUGACCUUAAUACUUCUGGUUGGAGCGUCCUCGAAAGCAAUGCUGGCGAAGAAAGGCGGGCAGUGCUUUGUGUGUUGAAUCCUUCAAACCAUCCCAUGCAUCGGCUGGAGAUUGAGUUAGAGGAGGAUGUGGAUAUUACCUUCUCUGUUAAAGGCCAAAGCUCGAUUUAUUUGUCAGGAUAUUACAUCCUUACGAAUCCCAACACUUGUACUACUAAAAGAAAUUCACUCGGAAAACGGAAGUAUGAUCAAGAGAUCUCGGACAGAAGCAGGAACCACCAGAAAGCAGCGCAUGGAAAGAAUGUCCAUGAGGACAAAGUGGGAAAAACUUGCGAAGACACUAAGGAUGAUGGAAGCAAGAAGAUGUAUGCUACGCCUCCUCCAUCUCGUAACAAAAACAAAUUUGUUGGGAAGCCCAGCGGUGUACCAGAAGAUAUUGUAUAUCUUCAAGACAGUGACGACGAUGACGAGAAGGAGACAAAUUUGGAACAUAAAGAGAGCGACAAAUUAGGAAUAGAAUGCAUCUUUGAGGGACAAGCUGGUGCCAAGAUUGCUACUCUGGGUAGUAAGGUGAAAGUCGAAUAUAUUGGUCACUCGAAGGAUGGGAAAUUUAUCGACCAUGGCGACCACUACCAGUUCAAGCUUGGUAAAAGAUUGAUAAAACUAAGCUCUGACACUCUUGUUACAUCUUUUUAA